AUGGGACCUGUUGGGAAGGACCUACGGUCAAGGCAAGAUAACCAAAGGUACGAUCACAAAUCUAGAAGCAGGGAAGCAGGUUCCUCAUCAAGGUUUGGAGAUGAUCGGAACUCGCGUGGACCACGUGACAAUGAAGGAACUUUAAAAGCAAGGUUUGGUGGUUACAAUUUUAACGUAACUACCUCUGAACUCGUUGCUGUUUUAAGGAGUAUGGGAGAUAAGGUACGAUGGCCCAAGGAGAUGAGGUCAAACCCAAGCAGACGAAACCCAUAUCAUUGGUGCGAAUUUCACAACGACCACGGGCAUAAAAUUGCAGAUUGCAGAUUUUUGCGAGGUGAGGUUGAUCAUUCGUUAAAGCAAGGCUAUCUCACUGAGUUACUUAGUGAGAAAGGUAAACAAGCAUAUAUGAAGAACAGACAGGAGCCUUCAAAACCACCCUCGCCAAAAAGAACCGUCAAUGUUAUAAGUGGGGGAGAAAAUAUCAAUGGUGUUUCAUAUACCGCAGCUAAUAAAACUUCCAAGAUAUCAGUCACUCAUGGGAAGCGGUUACGACAUGAGCUAGAAGAAGAGAAUAUUACAUUCAACAACACAGAUGCUGAGGGUCUCUUAGCUCCACAUAACGACGCACUGGUAAUAUCUUUACUUGUAUGUGAUACUAAUGGGAAACGAGUUUUGAUUGAUUCAGGUAGUUCUGUGAAUAUUAUUUUGAUACGGGUAUUGCGUGAAAUGCAAGCUGAGGAUAAAUUAAUCCCAAAAGCGCAUACUUUGUCGGGAUUCGACAAUUCUAGUGUCGUCACAAAAGGAGAAGCAGUCCUAACUACAUUUACAGAACGUUGUGAAGGAUACCAGAUUUCAAGUCGUAGAUAUGGAAAUAGCUUAUAA